AUGGGCCUACACGAGGAUGAAGACCGCCAGUAUGCGGAGGAGGUUCAGGCCGUGAAGAACUGGUGGAAGGAUUCACGGUGGCGCUUCACCAAGCGCCCGUUCACGGCUGAGCAGAUCGUUGCGAAGCGUGGCAACCUCAAAAUCGAGUACCCGUCGGCCGUCCAGGCCAAGAAGCUUUGGGGUACCCUAGAGAACAAUUGGCAGACCAAGCAGGCUAGCUACACCUACGGCUGUCUCGAGCCCACCAUGAUCACCCAGAUGUGCAAGUUCCUGGACACCAUCUAUGUUUCGGGCUGGCAGAGUUCCUCUACUGCGUCGUCGACCGACGAGCCCUCUCCCGAUCUUGCAGACUAUCCGAUGGACACGGUGCCUCGGAAGGUCAACCAGCUGUUCAUGGCCCAGCUGUUCCACGACCGGAAACAACGUGAGGAGCGUCUCACCACCCCUAAGGACCAACGCUCCAAGGUUGCCAAUGUCGACUACUUGCGGCCCAUUAUCGCGGAUGCCGACACUGGCCAUGGCGGCCUGACUGCCGUGAUGAAGCUGACCAAGCUGUUUGUGGAGCGCGGUGCCGCGGGUAUUCACAUCGAAGACCAGGCUCCUGGGACCAAGAAGUGCGGCCACAUGGCCGGCAAGGUGCUGGUUCCGAUUAGCGAGCACAUCAACCGCCUGGUGGCCAUUCGUGCCCAGGCCGAUAUCAUGGGCACGGAUCUCUUGGCCAUUGCCCGUACUGACUCCGAGGCUGCUACCCUCAUCACGUCCACCAUCGACCACCGCGACCAUGCCUUCAUUGUUGGCGCAACUAACCCCAACCUCCAGUCUUUGAACGAUCUCAUGGUCGCCGCCGAGCAGGCCGGUAAAAACGGUGCGGAUCUCCAGGCCAUUGAGGACCAGUGGACCGCUCAGGCUGGCCUGAAGCUAUUCAACGAUGCUGUGAUCGACUCGAUCAACUCGGGCGUCCACGCUGACAAGAAGGGCCUUGCGGAGCAGUACCUCAAGGCCGUCAAGGGCAAGAGCAAUAGCGAGGCCCGCGCCAUUGCCAAGGGCAUUACCGGGGUUGACAUCUACUGGAACUGGGAUGCGCCCCGCACCCGCGAGGGCUACUACCGCUACCAGGGUGGCACCCAGUGCGCCGUCAACCGCGCUGUGGCUUAUGCUCCCUUCGCCGACCUUAUCUGGAUGGAGAGCAAGCUGCCUGACUACAAGCAGGCCAAGGAGUUUGCCGACGGCGUGCACGCCGUGUGGCCCGAGCAGAAGCUCGCCUACAAUCUGUCUCCCUCGUUCAACUGGAAGAAGGCCAUGCCCCGUGAUGAGCAGGAGACCUACAUCAAGCGUCUGGGUCAGCUGGGUUACUGCUGGCAGUUCAUCACGCUGGCCGGUCUGCACACGACCGCGCUCAUCUCGCACCAAUUUGCCAAGGCGUACUCGCAGAGCGGCAUGCGCGCCUACGGCGAGCUGGUCCAGGAGCCUGAGAUGGAGCAGGGUGUCGACGUUGUCACCCACCAGAAGUGGAGCGGUGCUAACUACGUUGACAACCUGCUGAAGAUGGUGUCGGGCGGCGUGAGCAGCACGGCAGCCAUGGGCAAGGGCGUCACGGAGGAUCAGUUCAAAUAG